AUGAAGGCCGAAACAAGUGAAGAAAGCGGUUCCGAACAGGAGAGUGAGCAGAGCGACUUGUCCUCGUCGGAGGAUGAAAUACAUGCUGAAUUUGAGAAAGCAAAUGCUUGGCGCCUUCAUACUCUUAGUUGGUGUAAGUGUGGACAUUGUACUUUGCCAAAAAAGGCAAUCGAGUGUUUUUGUUGCCACGAAAAAGCACUUGAAUACGAUGAGUAUGAGGCUUUGCUAGGCCAAACAGAAACUCAAGGAGAGUAUUGCUUGACAACACACCAAGAAUUUAGGGACAAUAUGCUGUCAGAAAGUGUGUUAGAGAUAGACGUGUGUCGGUAUCUAGAAAAAACUGGCCCCUGUCUGAUGAGGAGCUGGCGAGAAUACACAAGCUGUAUCGAUUAG